CACAUACUCUAAUUGGUCGGCUCUUCCCACGUGACCUACUAAAACAAUCACAACAGGGAAUACUUUAUUGUGCGCACACCUAGGUAGUGUUCUUUGCGACUUCGCCUUGCAUCAUACCCUUGUGCUCUGUCCUUGUACCCUAGCUUUCUCCUUGAUGUAUCGUUGAAUGCAAAUCGUCCAAAAACAUAAUUACAUCUCUAGUUUUCCUAACUUCCCCGAAUUGAUCGCAUAAUAUUGUACAUGCAUUGCAUCGGGUUGUUUUGACUGCGUUCGCGAUAUCAACCUCACACACACUUCGAACGAUUCAAGAUGCAUUUCAAAGGGUUGAUGAUGACUGUUCAAACUCUCAAUGGCGAAGCUGGCAAGAAGAGAAGAGCAAGGGCGUAUCUUCGCACUUAUUGCAAAGUUCCGACUUACCAGGGUUGCGAAGCUGGCGAAGUGAUAGAAGACCAAAGUUACCAUCAAAAAACUGAACCUGAAAAUUCCUCAUUAGAUACGAAGUCGAAUAAGGCUUAUCAAACUUGGCUUAUAUUUCGGCUGGGUAUUCUGAGUGGCAUGUUUUUGGUGUUAUUUUCUGUGUUAGUUAUUGCAGCAAUUCGGGCGGACAAUGAUAUCCAAUGGCAACCUGCGUUUCGCAUGUAUAGAGGAAUGUUUCUGUUCGUACUAGAAUUAUUUUUCUUUGGAAUCAAUUUAUACGGCUGGAAAUCAGUGGGCAUUAACCCUGCACAUAUCUGUGACUUGAAGAACAGUCUUUGCCCUCUGCGAAUGUUAGAGAUGUCGUUGUUCUUCGCCGUCCUGUGGGGAACAAGUGCUGUGGUUUUCUUGUUUUCAGAACAUUUUGGACUGCCGCGUUAUUUUCAUCCGAUGGCGUUAGCCUGUUUCUUUUUGAUAUUCGGUAUCAACACGCUUGACUUUUGUUUAAGGAAAGCGAGAUUCUGGCUUCUUAGAGCAAUAUGGCGAGUUUUGACGGCACCUUUUCACCAUGUAGGUUUUGCAGACUUCUGGCUGGCAGAUCAGUUAAACAGUCUUGUUGUUGCUAUUCUGGAUAUGGAGUACAUGUCUUGUUUUUACGCGCUUGAUUAUUAUUCUGUUCAAGACCGGAACAAGUGCGGUAGUAAACUGUAUGGGCUGAGACCGCUGAUCGCUUGUCUGCCCGCAUGGUGGCGCUUUGCACAGAGUCUGCGCAGAUACGAUGACACAAAACAGAAAUUUCCCCACCUUGCGAAUGCUGGGAAAUACUCUACCACGUUCUUCGUGGUAUUCUUUUCGACAGUGGCGACAACGCACAAAGAGAAUACAGGCAAACAGCAGAUGGAUUUCUACUUUCUGUUUUGGAUCUUCUCGGCGUUCAUCAGUUCGUGUUACACAUACGCGUGGGAUGUGAGAAUGGACUGGGGACUAAUGGAUUCAAGUCACGGAUAUCUUAGAGCCAAGUUACUUUUCAAACGCUUGGGGUUUUAUUACUUCGCGUUGGUUAGCAAUCUCUUUCUUCGCAUGUCCUGGGUCCUGACUGUGUCAGUUGGCGAAGCAGGACUGUUUCAUUCUGAAGUCCUCACAGCUUUACUAGCGGUGUUGGAAGUAUUUAGGCGAUUCGUAUGGAAUUUUCUGCGAGUAGAAAAUGAGCACUUGAGUCGACUAAAAGGAAUGGUAGAUCAUAGUCAAGAGGAACUUAGAGAAUAUGACGAAGAUGAACAAUCCGAAGAGUCCAUAGGAUAAAAGAUAUUAAUUUGUUACAGAUAGUUGCCAAGAAAUUCUGGCAAUCCUCAUUCCCACUUUUCUCCGUGACGAAAGGUGUGCGCGUCCCCAACUGGACGAGGAAGUCUGGGGAAACUCGACAUUUGAAAUCGGGGGACAGACAAAACUUCGUGGCCAGCUACUUGAAAAAAUAAUUGGUCAACUUACUUAAGCUACAUAAAAUAUUAUUAUAUUGAUACUAUGUUUAUGUAGAAGAACCGUUAUUGAUAAAUUAAACAAAACUUUAUUUAAUGUAUAUUAGUAAUGUAAAAAAACAAUUACCGUGGGAUAGGGAAUGUUUGCUUUUUUCAGAGGGCCAUUUCUUCGUCUGUAAGGCACUAUAAUGUUCCUUGAUUUAUUUUUUUAAAGAGAUCAUUAGGUGGAAGAGGGGUUCUGGUUGAUUUGUGUAGAUAAGAAGUUUUGUAGUACCAAUCGUUAUUUAUUGGAAUGGCGCAUUUUAAUUUGAUUAAUUAAUUAAACCCAAUGUGAUGAGUUUAUUUUUCUAACUCUUUGGUGACAUUAUGUGGAUUGUAUUUUGAUUGGCUCGCUUUCGAAGUUCGAGAAAUUAAUAUAGUACAUUGGUACUUGAAUAAACCCAGAGCGUAUGGAGUAAUUGCCAAUAGAAUGAUCCUGGAUUUCCCAGGUUUUGCUUUUCUUCGCUCUAGUAAUAGUUCCCACGAAUCUCUUUAGUUGCGUGGCUGAUUAAAUGCUGAUUGAAUGUGGAUUGAAUGCCAACCUAACGAAAAUCCCUACUAGGUCAUUCGCUUUUCUUUUGCAUCAGAGAGUUCCCUUGUGAGAGUUCUUUAUUUUCUCCUUAUUCAUUCGCUCUAAUUACGCUACUAUGGUUAAUUUUGCUUUUAUUUUACGACAGGUUGAUUGAGAAGCGGUUUCAUUUUGAAGUUCAUGAUUAACUGCACGUGUUACUGCGAAAAUUUUAGCACUUGCCAUUCGCGUUCGUAGCCUGAAGAGAAAGUAAACCUUACGAAGGUGGUUUAUUCUCAUUUUUUUUUUAAGUAGUGAAUACUCUAUUCAUUUAACAUCUUGAAUUAGUAUUUCAUUCGACCGCUUGACGUCAUACGGUAUUGUGAUACUCACUGAGAAUAAGAUCAUAUUUAUCAGGUGUUUACGGCUCACUAAACAAAGUAAACUUCGUAAGGUAUUUACCGCUUGCUUCAACUAAGUAAAGUUUGUAAGAACUCUUAGUACGACAGGGAAAAGAGUAGAUUUUUAACAGGUAAUCUGUCAUCAUGUUGAGGUUGUUGGUGUUAGUUAAGAUAUAUUACUGUGUAAUAUUUUCAGCUGUUACGAUGUCUUCAGUAAUAAAAUCUUGCAUAUGGA